AUGAGAAAAAUGACUAAAACAAAAGCAAAUGUCCUGGAAGGCGAUUCCAUGGACCAGGAUGUGGAAAGCCCAGUGGCCAUUCACCAGCCAAAGUUGCCUAAGCAAGCCAGGGAUGACCUGCCAAGGCACAUUAGCCGAGACAGGACCAAAAGGAAAAUCCAGAGGUAUGUGAGGAAGGAUGGGAAGUGCAACGUCCACCACGGCAACGUGAGGGAGACCUACCGAUACCUGACGGAUAUCUUCACCACCCUCGUGGACCUAAAGUGGAGAUUCAACCUGUUAAUCUUUGUCAUGGUCUACACAGUGACGUGGCUCUUCUUUGGGAUGAUCUGGUGGCUAAUUGCAUACAUCCGGGGAGAUAUGGACCACAUGGAGGACCCCUCCUGGACUCCCUGUGUUACCAACCUCAAUGGGUUUGUCUCUGCUUUUUUAUUCUCAAUAGAGACAGAAACCACCAUUGGUUAUGGCUACCGGGUCAUCACGGACAAGUGCCCCGAGGGAAUUAUUCUCCUCUUAAUCCAAUCUGUGUUGGGGUCCAUCGUCAACGCAUUCAUGGUAGGAUGUAUGUUUGUGAAAAUAUCCCAACCCAAGAAGAGGGCAGAGACCCUGGUCUUCUCCACCCACGCGGUGAUCUCCAUGCGGGACGGGAAACUCUGCCUGAUGUUCCGGGUAGGUGACCUGAGGAAUUCCCACAUCGUGGAGGCUUCCAUCAGAGCCAAGUUGAUCAAGUCCAAACAGACUUCAGAGGGGGAGUUCAUCCCCCUCAACCAGACAGACAUCAACGUAGGGUACUACACUGGGGAUGACCGACUCUUUCUAGUGUCACCACUGAUCAUUAGCCAUGAAAUUAACCAACAGAGUCCCUUCUGGGAGAUCUCCAAAGCCCAGCUACCUAAAGAGGAACUGGAGAUUGUGGUCAUCCUGGAAGGAAUGGUGGAAGCCACAGGAAUGACGUGCCAAGCUCGAAGCUCCUACAUCACCAGUGAGAUCUUGUGGGGUUACCGGUUCACUCCCGUCCUAACGCUGGAAGAUGGGUUCUACGAAGUCGACUACAACAGCUUCCACGAGACCUAUGAGACCAGCACCCCAUCCCUUAGUGCCAAGGAGCUGGCCGAGCUGGAGAACAGGGCAGAGCUGCCCCUGAGUUGGUCUGUGUCCAGCAAACUGAACCAACAUGCAGAACUGGAGACAGAGGAGGAAGAGAAGAACCCAGAAGAACAAACGGAGAGGAACGGUGAUGUGGCAAACCUAGAGAAUGAAUCCAAAGUGUAG